AUGGAUCUUCCACAGCGAGCACACUUUUUCGGCGGGCAGAGGAAUCGGAGGUAUGCUUUUUGUUCAUCGGGAAUGGCUCUCUGCCGGCUAGUUCGCAAUGUCAAGGAUCAGUGCGCCUACGUCCGCGAGAAUUGCCCAGAUCACCAAGAUGGCUAUCUGUCGUACCUGCAGCUUUAUUACUGCGCUCUACCGAAUGCCAAGCCGGUCGCUUUUCUCAUCAUCAUCCUGUGGCUAUCGCUGCUGUUCAGCACGAUCGGCAUCGCAGCCAGUGACUUCUUGUGCAUCAAUCUAAGUACACUCGCAAGCAUUCUCGGAAUGAGUGAGAGUCUCACGGGGGUAACCUUCCUCGCUUUUGGAAACGGAAGUCCGGACGUCUUCUCUACUUUUGCCGCGAUGCGAUCAAAUAGUGGAAGUCUGGCGAUUGGUGAACUCAUAGGAGCAGCGACUUUCAUCACGUCCGUGGUCGCUGGCUCCAUGGCCCUUGUUCGCCCAUUCAGAGUUGCGCGACGAAGCUUUGUCCGCGAUGUCGGGUUUUUCGUGAUUGCGGUCGGUUUCAGCAUGGUCUUGGUCGCUGAUGGGCGCCUUCAAGCCUGGGAAUCCGCCGCAAUGGUUGCCCUCUACAUGUUUUACGUCGUGUUGGUGGUUACUUGGCAUUGGUACAUCGUGCGACGUCGUCGAAAUUAUGAAAGAGAUGUGGCUGCUCGAUCUUACUUCCAUAUCCCAGAAAACCAGGAGUUGGAAAUCGAGCAGUCCAUGGACGAUGAUGAUCCGGGAGUUGCUUCGGAGUCUGGAAGUCUUCUGCGUGGGGCGUCGACGGAUGAUUUUGAUCUUCUAGAAAGAGCAGAUGGACUCCCGUUUUGGAAGGCUGAAGAAGAAGAUGAUGAUGUUGAGGACGACGAGGAGCGUAACCGAUAUCUGGCAGAGAUUCGUGACAACAUGCACGUCAAUCGGCGUCCCACGGGCUCGCGACGAAAUACCAGCAACGUCAUUCGUCCAAGUCUGGUCGGUGCGCUCGAGUUCCAGUCCGUGCUGCAAUCUCUGCAGAAGUCGCGAACUUCACGGCGGAACCCGAUAGUCCGCUUCGGUAGUUACUCCGAUGUGGGCGACGAUUCAGCACAGGCUUUCGAUACGCGCUCUGUGGCGUCACAUCCACGGGCUACCAGACCGACUACGAUCGAUGACCGCUUGUCACCGCACAGCGCAGACGUCCCACGCGCCCGAGCUGUUUCGGCUAAUGAUGCGGAUAGGUUGGAAUUUGAUCGGACGGUCUUUGACCGACAAAGACAGGCUCCUCGUUUGACUGUUCGACGUCCUUCUAGCGAGUACCCUGAAGAUAUCAGUCUGGAAGGCCCCUCAGACCGUCCUCGAAUCAAGCUCAACACCUUCUUGACCGUUUCUCCGCCACCCUCUGAGCGCCCAACGCCGACUGCCAGCCCCACGAUUGGCGAAAACAGAUCAUUGUCACCCGAUUUGCUUGCUCAUCGGGGACAGUUCUCAUCUCCAAACUACCAGGGACCAGGCACACAUGCUAGCUCGCCGCUCCCCGUUUCUCCCCGAGGAGGCCACGGCAGCGACCGAUCAGAAGAUGACAUCGGAAGCCCAGUUGUACCCUUUCCUGAGUUCAUUGAUCUGCCUCCGACCUCGCCUGGAGCUCCCACUCUACGUCUGCCCCAUCCUGCAAGUAGCCCUUCGGAACAACUCUGGGCGUGGGAUGGUCUCGAGGGCGACGUGAUUGAUGCAACGCCGUCGAGGGGCUAUGGGAUGGAACAAUGGAAAAGCACGACUCUUCCCUGGCUGGCUCAAAUUGGCAGCGCGCUGUUUCCAACCCUGACUGGUUGGAAGUCUAAAAACUCAACCGAGCGACUGUUGGGGAUCAUCGCUGCACCAAGUGUCUUCCUCCUCGCGAUAACUGUUCCAGUGGUCGAGGCUUCCACGGUCGAAUCAAGUGAGCCUAAUGAGCCUGCUCCCGUUCCCGCGGUGGUUGUCCAAGAAGUUGUAGAGGGCGAAAAUCAUGCGCCGGUAAUUUGUCUACCUGCAGACAGCCCAGUGCUCCAACCCAUCGAACAUGGUUUGACCGAGCGCCCUCCAAACGGCGUCCCCGGACCAUCUGAGUCCCAACGUAAGCCUUCGAUAUCCGAACAAAUCGGCCGCCCACGGGGGGACUCUGAGUUGCCGGCCUUGCCACACCCUGCUUCGGACGCGGUUGCUACCGAGGCCAAGGAGUGGAACCGCUGGCUCGUCGCCAUCCAGCUGUUCACUGGGCCCCUCGUCAUCACAUUCAUCGCCUGGAGCUCUGUAGAUACAGAAAUGGACGCCAAGGAUAUCAUUCUCACCUUUUUGAUAUCAUUUUUGUUCUCGUUCGUUUCUCUGGGCCUCUUUAUCGUUUCCACUCGUCGCAAGCGACCUUGGCAUGCCAAUCACCAAAGCAUUCCAUCUUACUUCGAUGCACGUGAAGAUUCUGAGGGACCAAUGCCGCAAUGUCUCCCUGACAUAUGGCGACCAUUCCUCUCCAUGCUAGGAUUCUUCGUGGCCAUCUGUUGGAUUGCAACCAUUGCAACGGAGGUUGUCUCGAUCCUCAAGACCAUUGGCGUGAUCCUCAACAUCUCCGAUUCUUUGCUGGGCCUGACGGUGUUUGCUGUCGGAAACUCGCUGGGUGAUUUGGUCGCUGAUAUCACGAUCGCUCGACUUGGAUAUCCCGUCAUGGCUCUCAGCGCUUGCUUUGGAGGGCCCAUGCUCAAUAUUCUCCUGGGAGUGGGUCUUGGAGGCUUAUACAUGACCCUUAGCCCAAAGCAUUCGUCGCCUCAGUCCGCUGGGAUAAUUUACCACGCUUCUUCUUCCUACGAGAUCACCAUAUCCAAGGUGUUGGUGAUCAGUGGUGCAACUCUCUUGUUUAUCCUUGCUGGUCUUUUGAUUGUCGUCCCUCUGAACAAUUGGCGUAUGGAUCGCCGAAUCGGAUGGGGGUUGAUUGCGGUAUGGUGUGUUAGCACCCUGGGCAAUGUCAUCGCUGAAAUUGUCAUGUAA